CGACGCGUUCUUGCCGCAUGCGUUAAAAUAAAUUGCGGUGACGCCGCAAUAACAUAUCGGGCCACACGAUGCGUUGCAUUGCGUUGUGACCGGAUGCGUUAGGUAUAUUUUUAAAAUUUUCUAAUAUAUCAAGUCUAAAUUUGGGAACUCAAAAUUAAUUUAGAAUGAAAAAUUAAUUUAGUUUCAAUCUAGACUUGGUAUCAGAAGGUCGAUAGUAUAUACCAUGUCCAAUAAAAGAUUGUUGAAAGUGUUGUGUGCGGCAGAAGCUGCUGGAGAAUUGGAUGAACCUACUACUUCAAAACGAAGAUACUGGGUACAUCCCUUAAAUUCUGAUAGAGAAAAAAAUAAUAACUUUUUAGAAUUUUAUGGAAAUAUACGAAAGCACCCAGAAAAGUUUUUCGAGUAUUAUCGAAUGUCGGUUAGGUCAUUCGAUGAACUCUUGGCUAAGAUUCGUCAACAUUUAACUAAAGAAGUUACUAACAUGCGUAAUCCUUUAAGUCCGGAGGUUAGACUGACGGUGACUAUAAGGUAAGUCGAUAAAA